CCAACAAACGCCGGAUUAUACAACUGACAGAAGAUGCCAGAGGAAAUGCAUGGAGAGGAGUUCAGAAGAGCAGGGAGAGACGUAAUUGAACACAUCAUUAAGUACACAUUGGGCGUGAAGGAUAUGAGGGUGACGCCAGACCUGAAUCCGUCCCACGUCAUGAACUCGUUACCCAAGCAGGCGCCAGACAGCGGCGAGAAAUGGGAAGAAAUAAUGCACGAUAUGGACACCAAAAUACUGCCGGGGAUGACUCACUGGAUUCAUCCACACUUCUACGGUUAUUACCCAUCGGGUCGUUCAUUCCCUUCCAUCUUUGGUGAUGCGCUGGCGAGCGCCCUUGGUGGACAUGGCUUCUCUUGGAGUGCAAACCCGGCACAGACGGAAUUGGAAAUGGUUGUCCUUGAUUGGUUUGCUAAGGCUUUAGGACUACCAAACGAGUUUCUUCACUCAACCAAGAAGAAGAUGGGUGGAGGCUGUUUCCAGCCGUCCGAGAGCGACGCCAUCCUUGUUGCAAUGAUGGCGGCGAGGCACGCUGCCACGCAGUUCUUGCGUGAGGACAGACUGGAUCGUAGCCUAAGCAGCGUCAGGAAGAACCGGCACGCCGACGACCUGGACGUCGACUGCGCUGCACUACAGAAGAUUAUCGCCUAUACCUCCCGAGAGGCGCACACCUGCGUCGAGAAGGCCGCCAAGAUCUGCCUCAUCCAACUGCGCGUGCUACCGACCGACAAUGAACACCGUCUGCGGGGGGACGCUCUCCGCAAGGCGAUGGAACAAGACGAACACAACGGGCUGAUGCCGUGUUUCGUGUGCGCGACGCUGGGCACGCAGACCACGUGCGCAUUCGACAACCUGCACGAGAUCGCGAUGGAGUGCCGGCGCAAGACCGCCGUCUGGCUGCACGUGGACGCCACGUACGCGGGCAACGCGCUUAUCUGCCCCGAGAUGCGCCACUUGGCCGACGGCCUGGACCGCGCCAACUCGAUCAACGUGAGCGCGGACAAGUGGCUGCCGGUCAACUUCGACUGCGCGUGCCUGUGGGUGCGCGACUACUUCCAGCUGGUCGAGGCGUUCUCGACGCACCCGCUGCAGACGCAGCAGGAGCGCGACAACCCGGUCCUCGACUUCCGCCACUGGGGGCUGCCCCGCGAGCGCCGCUUCCGCGCCCUCAAGCUCUGGUUCACCUUCCGCAAGUUCGGCAUAGCCGCCCUCCAGGACCGCAUACGCAACCACUGCUCACUCGCCAAACAGUUCGAGGACUUGCUGCGUGGGGACGGGCGCUUCAGAGUCAUGGACAGUGCCAAGAUGGGUGUGGUGUGCUUCCGCCUGGAGUCGCUGGGCUUCCCUAUUGAGUGCCACCAAAACCACCUCACGGAGCUGCUGCUCGCCUACCUCAACGCCUCUGGCCGGAUGUGGGUGACGCCUGUAGAGGUCGAUGAUCUCCUCGCCAUCCGCCUGUGUGUUGGAUCGUCUCUCACCAAGGAGGAGGAUAUAGAGCACACGUGGCACCGCGUGGUGGACAGCGUGUUCCGCAUCGAGGCGAGCACGUGGACGGAGAAGGUGCCGGAGCUCCACGUGAGCAGGGCGGACCGCGAGCAGCAGCUGAGCCUGCUGCGCUACCUCAACGGCACGGUGACGGCGCCGCCCAUGCGCUACCGACGCCUGCAGGCCGCGCAGCUGCUGCGCGACCCCUACGGGCCCUUCCUCGUGCCCGACUCCGACGACCGCAUCGCCGACAUCUUCGACCUCUCGGAUCUCGCCAAGGCCUACUCGCGCGUCUGA